AUGCUCAUUCUCGGCUUAACAGGAGGUAUUGCCACGGGAAAAUCAACUGUUUCCUCGAUCCUAUCGCAGCCACCGUACUCUUUACCAAUUAUUGAUGCAGACAAGCUCGCACGCCGCGUUGUCGAACCUGGCACACCAGCUUACUUGAAAAUCGUUGAAAAGUUUUCUCCCACUACACCUGACCUUCUUCAGCCGCCAUCGACUUCUACUUCUUGUGAUACUAACAGGGGUGCACCGUUGAACAGAUACGCUCUCGGCCAACGCGUCUUCGGCGACAGCGAGGAAAGAAGGAAAGAUCGCGCAGUAUUAAAUAACAUUGUGCACCCUGCAGUUCGGAAAGAGAUUUUCAGAGAAGUCUUACUAUCGUAUUUGAAGGGGCACUGGGCAGUUGUACUUGAUGUACCGCUAUUAUUUGAGAGUGGACUUGAUUUGUUUUGCGGCACCGUAAUCAUGGUUGCAGUUACAGACGCUGAACUUCAAAUUGGGCGUCUGAUGAAGCGAGAUGAUCAUUUGAGCCGAGCUGAGGCCCAAGAUCGCGUGUUAAGUCAGGACAAGAUGGAAGAAAAGGUUCAAAAAUGUCUCCUUCGAGGCAAUGAUAGGGGUAUUGUUAUUUGGAAUGAUGCGGAUCUCGAUGCACUAAAAGAUAGCAUCGGGGCGGCCAUGCUGAGUGUAGUCAGAGGUAGCCCGAAGUGGUGGGCCUGGUGCCUCCUGAUAUGCCCAUUGCUUGGGAGUGUGGUAGGGCUCUGGAACUACUGGCUUGGUCUUCGUUUCAGCCGAAAGCAGAAAUUGAGCUGA